CCCUGCCUAAGCCAAUCCAAAAGCUUAAAGAGAACCGCUCAACCAAGUGACCGAAGGAGGCUUUGGAAUCCUUCUAAGGAAACCGCCUAUCUCCAAUAAUAACUGUCAAAAGUUUCCCCUUCCCCUCCAAACCUGCAAAAUGCAGCCAACAGAUUCUUCAUGGAGAUCCAGUCGUUCAAGGUUGAUCAUCUCGUCGCUCCAAGUACUCGUCAUAUUCAUGAAAAUGGUUUCCUCUCAAUCCCAUAAUCAUCUAGUCGGUGGCUCGAUCUGGUCCAUCCCUGCAAGCAACGAUUUCUACAUCACUUGGUCCAGUAAUCAGUCAUUCUUCGUUGGUGACAAUCUAGUUUUCAGGUUCGACACAGGUUUGUAUGAUGUGAAGCAGGUUUCAAGGAGAGAGUUUGAGAACUGCAAUGCUGAGAAUGCUUUCAGAACCAUUGAGAUAGGGCCAGCAACUGUUUCUAUUAUUGAAGAAGGAAUGCAUUACUUUAUCUGCAGUUUUGGCAAUUACUGUUUUCUCGGUCUAAAGGUAUCUGUUCAAGUUCAAUGUCAGCCUUCAGGAUAGGCCAAUCCCCUUCAUUUAUGAUGAGAAUUAUGAUCUAAAGAUGUCAGAUUAGUUUUUUUUAAUGACAUGUUUUCAUUGUUGUGUUAUGUGGAAGUAAACAAACAAAAACAUUAUUACUUUGACAUGUAUGAACAAACUACUUAGUGAAGGUUAAGACAUUGUGUUGAAGUUAAUAAGUGCAUAUUAGGGAUGAAAACAUAUAUAAAACUCAUGAGAAGAUUGUGAA